CAGAGAACAACGAACGCAAGAAACGUAUAUUUCUGUUAAAUUGUCAACUGCCAAGAAUCGUAUUCGUGAAGAAAAGAAUAUUCAAACGUGCUUUCCAUCCAGUCAACGUUUCCAAUCAUUAAUUAGUAACAACACAUAUGGAAUAUCAUAAUCGAGAACCUUGCAAGGAGCCUUACUGAGACUUAUUUUUGCUACCAAAGGAAUUUUCACUGACAACGUGAGGUUUAUUACAUUGCGACGCUGGAACUCCGCAAUCAGGAUGAUGACCGAAGAAAAAAUGGAAGACAAAGUGAUAAAUAAUUUAGACGACGAGAAAUCGAGAACUUUAUAUGUUCGAUGGCCAAAGACAAUUCGUGACGAUAAAGAAGUAAUGAAUUUAUUUUCAAACGAUAUUAAAGUAAAAUUACCGAGACAAAAAUCGAGAUGCUGUCACAUUGUAUUUCCGACAAUUAAGAAACGUGAAAAUUGUCUUGAAACAAUGAAGGACAAAUUAAAUGUCGAUGGGAAAAAAAUUGUUCUCAUGCCAUUGAUGACAAAGAGUUUAGAUAGACGAAAAAAUAAAAUAACACGGAAAGUUGAGGUUCAGAAGAAAGUUGUUAUUCCACGUCCACAAUUUCAGUCAUCAGUUCAAUCUUUAUACGUAACGAAUAUUCCAAAUGAAACUAAAGUUCAAGAAGUGAAGGAUGCUUUUCCCGAGAGUGCAACGCUUGCACUAUUAAAACCCCGUGAGGGAAAGAAAAGCAGGUCGGCUAUUAUUAAAAUGUCAAGAGUGGAACUUGGCACGGCCUAUUUAAAUAAUGAAAAUCCAGCGCCAAUUAUUCAUGGUAAUAAAGUGAAAAUAUUUCCCUAUAAAAAAAAGAGCAAAUCAUUGAAAAAGAAAUUGACGACAAUGUUGAAAAAAAUUGAGAAAACCAAUCAAGUUAAAGAUGAGUCAGAUGAUGAUAAUGAUAGUUAGAAAAAUUGGAGAUGGGACAAUUUUUAUUAUGUACUGUGUAAUUUUUCUUUUGUUCCAUCAACAAUUAUGUGAAAUAUUUUUAAACUAGUUUUUUUUUAAAUAAAAAAAUAAUUGAAAGAAA